AUGAGCACUCCGAAUCCCCCUCCACGGUGCUUCAUGGCGUUCCGGUUUCGGUCGGCGGCUAUACUGCUGGCAGCACUGUGCUUUUCCGCGCUCCGCUGUGCGUUCGUGCUGUCUGGAGCACCUUCGACGUGGUCGAGGACUCGGCGAACACUGCGCCCGGCCAGGGGCGACGACGAGGGCGUCCUCGAUGGCACUUUCAAGGAGGUAGCGCAAAACCUCAUCGACUCCAUGCCUCUGCCUGCAGAAGAGAAAGAGGCUCACGAGGCUUAUCGAAUGGGCCUUUCGGCUCAGUCCGAUGGAGAUCUGAAAGAAGCUGUGCGCUGGUAUGCGCGGGCGCUCAAGUUGGAGAGCGAUCCUUCCGAACGCGGUUACAUCCUCUACAAUCUGGGCAUCGUGUUCGCCGAUAAUGGCGAAUUCACCAAGGCAGCCAAGUACUACCUGAUGGCUGUGGACCAGAAUUACCAGCUGUUCUCUGCCUGGAAUAACCUGGGUGUGAUGUACCACGCCCAGGGUGUCAAGGCGGAAAGGGACCUGCGAUAUGAUCGAGCAGAUGCGCUCUACGAGAAGGCCGCAGAAUAUUGGAAUCGAGCCUGCAACCUGGCUCCGGGACAGUACGGUGACGCGGAGCGAUGGUUGCUGGACACCGGUCGGGCGCAGGGCGAAUGGAAUCUACUGCUGCAGCGUGUGAACGACACUGCAGUCAUUGUGAGACGGCAGGCCACGAAGAUCCUCAGUGCUUUUGUCUUGAAUCACCCGGAUCAUCCAGAUGUAGUGCCGGUCACGCUGGAUCUUCUUCGUCGCUCCACUGACUCGGAAGCUUUGCGAGGAGCUUACUGGCGCAACCUUGUCCUGGGCACGUUCGAGCUCCUCUGGUUCAUGGAUGAUGAGCCGACACCAGAGGCGGCUCGGCAGCUUUGUCGAGUGGUGGAUGCUUCGAGAAGUAUGGUGGCGGCGGUUGGCGACGUCUUGCAGGAGCUUCUGCGCCGUUUUCGAAAGUCAAUCGGCUCACGCAAGAACUCCAAAGGCUACGAGUUCGCCAUCCGCCGAUGGACAACAUUGAUCCUCAAUGAGUUCGUGCGAACGAAGUGUGGAUAUGGCUCAGAAACACCGCCCUUCAAGAAAGCCAAGGGUCCGAAGAUCGAGCUUCAAGCAGCCGAAAGCGCCGAGGAGCAGUGGCUGAUGCGUCGAUCCCUCCUCUCCACUCUGGAAGCAUUCUCCGCGACGCAGCCCAAAGAUCUGCUGGUGCACUUACGGCCUCUCACGAUCUACCUGGCCUUGGAGGAUGAUUCGCCACCAGAGGAUCAGUGGGUGGCAAUCAAGGUCUGCCGAAUCCUCGCCUCGGUGCUGCCUUACGUGGCAGAGAGGCGUGGUCUGAUGGACCAUCGCCAGGUUCAGGUGGACUUGCAGGCCUUGAUUCGCAACCAGCCGUCCAGUGGAGUGCAUGAAGCUGUGCGUUGCCUCUGCUUGGUCGUAAAGUUUGUCACUGGCGACUUGGCGCAGAUCAUUUCGCACCUGAACGUGGCCGUGCCGUCCCUGUCCCGUUUGUGCACCUCGGCCGAGCAGAAGCCCGGCAGCCUCGAGCGGAUCCAGCUGCUGUACAUGAGCCGUCAAGCUUGGGUGCUGGCGUCCAUUAUGGAGUGCUUGAACAUUGAUGACUAUGUCCAAAUCGAGGGCCUCAGUGCCGAAGAGCAGCCAAAGCGCCGCCUGUUGCCACGGUCGGACCUGAAGUUCGAAUUCCUUGGAGACUCCGUAGCAUCGACCGUGCUGGACCUCCUCCUCAGGUUGAAUGCCAUAGGGGAGCCACAGCUGCGGGCCGUGGCCGCUUCUUGUAUGGGCUUUUUCCUGAAGGGCCACCGCGGCUUCACGAAAGAUCGACGGGUGGUGGAGUUGCUGCAGAGCGCGCUCAGCUCCAGCGAUCUCCUCCUUUGCAGGAAAGCGCUGGAGACGCUGUCGGCACUUUUGAGCCAUUUCCGCUCAGAGGCGGAUCGGGAGUCCAAAGCAGGUGCUGCGGAUUUCGCCGACAGCAGGGACGGCCGCGUCGCUGGCACCUCGCAAAGCGGACACGCCCUUGUGCAAGGAGCCUCCUCGCAGCGAUCGGCGUCAGCAAAGGCCGGCAGUGCUGCCGUCGAGGCUUCAAGCAAGACCAACUCUGCAAUCGAAGCGGCGCAGCCCCUGGCCGCUUUCGCCGAUGUGGUGCUGUCGCACAUCACCUUAGCGGGCAGUGUGGGCCCAGCUGCCGGGGUGCCCUCCCCCAAGAAGUCACACACAAAGCGAGGUCGCAGUGCACCAGAAACAGAGGAAGAGGAGGAGCAGGGAUCCUCGCAGGACACGGAGAAGGCAGAAGGCGUGCUGCGAGUUCGCGUGGAAGCCCUGUCCGUUGUCCGGCACCUCCAUCAACAGGGCUUGGUGAAUCCAAUGGCCGUGUUGCCCAAAGUCUUCGCCCUGACUUUUGCGGGAGACCCUCGUUUGUCAGAGCCGGCAACCGCCAUGCUCAAGGAGAUGCUCGAGCUGCGGCCUUCUUUGCUUCUCAACCGCCUGGAUGAGGCCUUCCGGGAGGCUCCAAAGGGACAGUGCAGGACUCGUGCAGGGAAUCUCCGCUUUGAGACGAAGGCUUUCUUGGCGCUCCUCUCGGCGGCGACAGCUGUCCGUCUGGGCGAGGCCGUGGCCCCCCAGCAGCUCCUGGGACUGGGGGACGUCUACAUGGAGCGCUUCCGAAAGCAGAAAACUCUCCGUGACACUUUUCUUCGAAAAGCAUUGCGUGAGUUGCAGCGGCUGCAAACCAAUCGCUCAGAGGAGCGGUUUGCUGAGCUAGCGGCACUGGGAGUCGUUGGUGUGGAAGACGCAGGCGGCUCCAGUGCCACGAGGAAAGCCGGCAGCCGCGGUCCUGGCCGCAUUCCCUUGCGGCAGCAGCAGCAGCUUCUUUAUGCCCAGUUUUUGGCAUCGGCAGUCACAUCGCUGCCUUUCGCCUUCGAGAACGAGCCUCUGCUGGUGGUUUUCGAAUGCAAUCAUCACUUGGCACUACAUGCUGGGGCUUUGCUCGCGUCGGCCGACGGAACGGCCGGAAUCGUGAAGGAGAAGGAGACACUUUCGCCCGAGCAGGUCUUUACGGAGGCGCUCUCCAUCGUUAGCUGUGUGGUGCUGAAGACUGUCCUGAGGAGGGAGUACAAUCUCUCCUCCGAGCAAUGUGCAACGUUUAAUCCCAAAGAGCUGCGGCAAGAGAGGAUUAAGGCGUUUCCCACCGGAGGCUUCGGGCGAGGUGAGGAUGGACAGACGCCAGCUCGCAAUCGCUUCCCUGCCAAUGAGUGGCUGGAGAAAAUCUCGCCGUUGGUAGAAAACUUCGGGCGGCCGGAGGAGAUGAUUUCGUACAUCCGGACCAUUACAGAUGCAGAUCCUUGGGACGACAGCCGAUCACGGCACGAGGCCAAGGUUGAUGUUCUGGAGGGUCGGCGUGGGCGCAAAGGCAAAGCGGCGAAGGGCGGGAAGAACGAGUUAAAGGCGUCGAAGGUCAAAAAAGCAGAGCCGCCUGCGGCGCGCGGCCGUGGCCGCGGCCGCGGCGAGCAGAAGGGAAAUGUCAAGAAGAAGGGCAGGCGGAAGCAAGGCAUGUGCGAUUCCGAAGAUGACUCCGACUGGGAGGAGCCAGGCGCUCGAAAGCGCCCUCGUGUGCAGGCGCAGGAGCCCGCAGAGGCCGAUGACGGCGCUGCACAGGAAGAUUCCGAAGAGGAGCUGGAAGCAGAAGAUGCGGACUGA